CCAUCUUUUAAUUAAUCCAAAUCGUUCAGAUAAUUUUGUAUGUGUCGAAGUUUUGUUAACACAUUUCUAGCAAAUUUGCUUCAAAUAUCGUUCGCUUAUUCGAAUCUCUUUCACAUAAUUUGCUAAUUAAGAUGGCUUAUUUAGGUAAACGUGAUCGAAUGGAUGAGAACAUUUCUUAUGGUCCUCCACAGAAAAGAUCUGGUUUUGGAGGUCAACAGCAUGCACCCCAUGGCCAAUAUCCUAAUCAAAGCCAGGGAAACAGUCGUCAAGGAAUGUAUGACAACUAUGCUACCCAAUAUCCUCAUUCUAGUCCUAAUCAACAAAGGGGAAUCCCACCUAGUAGUAUGCAAGAGGACAGACCAGGAAAUGUCUUGCUGUUCAAUGUCCUAAAUCCUAAAUAUCCCAUAACAGUGGAUGUUAUGAAUACAAUCUGUACAAACAGUGGCGGUGUAGUGAACAAGAUUGUGAUAAUGCGAAAAAAUGGAGUUCAGGCGAUGGUCGAGUUUGAAAGCCCACAGAUGGCAGAGACCAUCAAAGAAAGUUUGAACGGUGCUGAUAUUUAUUCUGGAUGUUGUACUCUCAAAAUUGAGUGGGCCAAGGUACCGAGGUUGUCGGUCAGUAAGAAUGAUCAGGACAGUUGGGACUACACCUCACAGAAAUCUGAUAAGUUCCACUCACUGCUUCCAAUUCCACGUGAUGAAGAGUACAUGGAUGAUCCAGGAAGGGCCCCGGUCGGAAUGGGCCCAUCCUCCCAACAGCCACUCCCUCACCAUCAUCAAUCUUCUGAUUAUGGACACCCACCUGCCUACACCGAUCACCACAGUCGAGGCGGUCGAACAGAUGGUGGAGGAUUUAACAGUGCUGGAAGAAUGGAUGGUGCUAGCUUUGCAGCUGGAAGAAUGGAUGAUUAUGGCGGCAGUGGUGGCCCAUACAGGGGUGGUGAUAGAUAUCCACCACCCCCACAUCAUAGAGGAGCUCCUGGCGGAGGUCCCCGCAGUGGUCCCCCUGGACCCAGACAGGAGUUCCAUCCACCAGCAUACGAACAUCAUGGUGGCAAUCAGUACAUGCCUGAUGCUGAGGGAUUCAGAGGAGGUCGUGGUGGAGGCAGGGGUUUUAGGGGGUCCUUCCAAGGCCGUGGAGGUGGAGGAGGGGGGCCCAGGCCAGCCUAUCCUCCCAUGAUGGGUGGAGGAAGAGGAGGAAUGAUGGACGAAUUUUCAGGAGAAUUUGAUGAUGUUCCUGGAGCUCCUAUGCUUCAACAAGGCUCCGUGAUGAUGGUGUAUGGUCUGGAUGUUGAUAAAAUGAACUGCAGCCGAGUUUUCAACCUCUUCUGCUUGUAUGGCAAUGUGGUUCGUGUGAAGUUUUUGAGGAGCAAAGGUGGAGUGGCCAUGGUGCAGAUGGGGGACUACAUGUCCUGCGAACGAGCCGCUAAUGCUCUCAAUGGCACCUUCCUCUACGGCAAGAAGAUUCUCAUCGGAUGCUCGAAGCAGGCAUUCAUCCAGGAUGUUCCAAACCCUCAGGAUCUGCCGGAUGGUACUCCGUCAUUCCAAGAUUUCAUGGGCAACAGAAACAACCGAUUCACUACGCCAGAGGCUGCCUCCAAGAAUCGGAUCCAUUCAUCAUCCAAGAUCCUGUACUUCUUCAAUGCACCUCCUGGCAUAAAGGAUGAGGAUCUUAUCAAGGUUUUUGCUGAUCAUGGUGUAAAGGGACCUAAGAAAGUCAAGAUAUUUCCAACUAAAACUGGUAAGAACCCAUACAUUCUGAAGUUCUGCUUCUCUGAUGUCCAGAUUAAAAGUGGAUCCAUGAACAACCCCACUUCUGGAUCGAACUACAACAAGGGCAACUCUAACAACAGUGAUGCCCAGAUUAAAAGUGGAUCCAUGAACAAUUCCGCUGCUGGAUCGAACUACAACAAGAGCAACUCUAACAUCAGCAUUAAGGAAGAGGCCACUGCUAAUAAUUAAAUAAAUUGCUGAAUGUUUAAUGGUGCACCAUAGAUGCAAAUAAAUUAAUUACUAACCUUCUAAUUUGUUUAAAUGAACUUGUCUGUGCAAUCUUUCAUUCAAAAUUGUGAGGUGCAAACCAUUUAAUAUCUUUUGGCACGUCCUCUCACUGUCUUUUGAGUGGAAUUUUUCUGACAUUUGGUAACUUGUUGCUUAAAUUGUAACAUUUUGAACGACUUAGACGUUGAGCAUGUUUGAGUUUGUAGUUAAAUAUGAUUUUUUAUUUGAUGUAUCUUUGUGAUCUAUAUGAAUAGAUUUGUCUGAUGUGUG